AUGACUUCCCCAGAGACGAACCAGGACUGCAACCCACAGCCCAAGGAAACUGGGGUUCAAGCUAUCUGCUUGAAGGAUGGUGAACUCAAUAAGUGCAACAACGCUUGGAGACCCAGAAUGAAGAGGAGCUCUCCUGCGAAGGACCCAGAAAUGCUGCAAACGGAGGGCCUCCUGCGGAACAUGCGGGCCAUCUUGAAUAAACUGACUCCGGAGAGGUUCAACCGGCUGGUGGAGCAGGUGCUGGAGCUGAACAUCGACUCCGAGGAGAGGCUGAACGGUGUCGUGGACCUGGUCUUUGAGAAGGCCAUUGACGAGCCCAGCUUCUCCGUCAUGUACGGCCAGCUGUGCCACCGCCUCGCCCACUUGAAGGUGCAGAUGGCCGAGAAAGCCGGCAGCCCCGUGACCUUCCGCAGGCUGCUGCUUAACCGCUGCCAGAAGGAGUUUGAUGUGGAGAGAAGUGACGAUGUGGUGGUUCAGAGGAAGCAGGCGAAGCUGGACUCUUCUUCUUCCACCACAGAGCGUGAGCAGCUUCAGGAGGAGCUGGAGGAUGUGAAGAACAAGGCUCGGAGGCGCUCAGUCGGACUCGUCAAGCUCAUUGGGGAACUCUUCAAGUUGAAGAUGUUGACGGCGGCCAUUAUUUUCAGCUGUAUCUUCCAGCUGUUAAAGAAGCAGGAUGAGGUCUCGCUGCAGCAGCUGUGCACGCUGCUCACGACUGUCGGCAAAGAGCUCAACACUAAUGGAGCCAAGCCAAAAAUGGAUCAGAUGUUCAACCAGAUAACAAAACUGAUCGAGGAGUGCCAGACAUCAACACAAAUCCGCUUCAUGCUGCAGGACGUGGUGGCAUUAAAAGAGAAAAACUGGGUUCCUCGGAAGGCCGACCAGGGCCCAAAGACCAUCCUCCAGGUCCACAAAGAGGCUGAGAUGGAGCAACAGGAGGAGCAGCUCAAAAUCAUGAAGCAGCUGUUCUCCAACAAUGACUGGAGACAAGCAGGAACCUCGGUCACUUCUCAGGACCGGCACGAAGAAACCAGUUCCACUGCUCCCACCAGGCUCUUCAUCCCUCGUGAGACCCCCAGGAUUUCAAAGUGGCCACAGUUGGAUGAGGAGAUCCAGCUGCGCCCACAGGGUCUGGCGUCAUGGGCACAGGGAUGUCGUGGAUGGACUCCAGCUGCCAACUCUGAAACAAGAGUUUCCAAGACCGCCUGCCCCAAACCAAACUCUGUGCUGCAGUCUGCGCCUUUGUCUCGGCUCUCCACUCCCCCCACAAGACCCAGACAUGUCAGUGCUGGAAAGAACACAGAUAUGAAGCAGAGACACAGUGAGACCAGCGAGAUAGAGCGAAACUGGGUUGAGCCAAUGAAAGCGGUGGAACCAGUGGAGCCAUUGAAACCAGUGGAGCAGGUGGAGCAGGUGGGACCGAUGGAGACUGUUCAGCCAGUUCAACAGGUGGAACAGGUGAAGCAGGUGGAACCAGUGGAGCCCAUUCAGCCAGUGGAACAGGUGGAACAGGUGGAGCAGGUUGAACCGCUGGAGCCUGUUCAGCCAGUGGAACUGGUGGAACAGGUGGAGCAGGUGGAACUGCUGGAGCCCGUUCAGCCAGUGGAACUGGUGGAACAGGUGGAGCAGGUGGAACCGCUGGAACCCGUUCAGCCAGUGGAACAGGUGAAGCUGGCGGAACCACUGAAGCCCGUUCAGCCAGUGGAACUGGUGGAGCCGCAAGUGGAACAGGUGGAACAGGUGGAGCUGGUGGAACCAGUGGCGCCUGUGGAGCCCGUACAGCCAGUGGAACAGGUGGAGCAGGUGGAGCUGGUGGAACCAGUGGCGCCUGUGGAGCCCGUACAGCCAGUGGAACAGGUGGAGCAGGUGGAACCAGUGGAGCCUGUUCAUCAAGUGGAACAGCAAGUGGAACAGGUGGAGCAGGUGGAACCGCUGGAGCCUGUUCAGCAAGUGGAACAGGUGGAGCUGGUGGAACCACCGAAGCCCGUUCAGCCAGUGGAACAGGUGGAACGGGUGGAGCUGGUGGAACCAGUGGAGCCUGUUCAGUCAGUGGAGCAGGUGGAGCCGGUGCAACCAAUGGCGCCAGUGGAGCUGGUGGAGGCCGCAGAGCCUUUAGAGCCGGUGUGUUUCUCUCUUUUUCAGGCCACCGUGGAAGAAUGUCAGCUGAACUCGUCCUCCUUCAUGGGAGCUGUGGUGAAGGCAGUGCAUCAGCCCGCAGUGAACGAUAUUGAGGCCAGCUGUCUCGUGGACACAGUCGUCCUAAAGAAGAGCUUGCCACUCCUACGAAAAUACCUGGAGUCCGACGAUGAGCGACAGCUGCAGGCACUUUAUGCCCUUCAGGCUCUGAACGAGUCCCUUGGUCACCCUAGAAACUUCCUGCGGAUGUUGUUCGAUUUCUUCUACGACUGGAGACUGAUCUCAGCUGCCACGUUCUGCAAGUGGCAGAUGAGCAGAGACGAUGCCGAGCAGAAGGGAAAAGCCAAGGCCAUCGAGUCCACCAUGCCCUUCUUCACCUUCCUGCGGGUGUGUGAGGGACUCUGA